GAGAGUAGAGGCAAAGGUAUAUUCUCGAUUUGAUUGGAAGGGCUAGGUUUUUUCGUCUUCCAUCGCCAUGGAUGUGCUGUGGGCCGUGGCGAUCUUGGCGAUCCUCUUCUACCUCUGCCGCCUCCUCAUGCUGCUCAUCCCGCCCGUGGUGCCCGAGAUCGUGGUCGAUACCUCCGAUGUGAUGCUAGGCAAGGGCGGGGACGACGAUAGCUAUAUCUAUGUGGCUAGAAGGAGGAGCGGCGACGAGGAUACUGUGCAUUGCUACGAUCCGGCUACCAUGAAGUACCUCGGCCAGUUACCUGCAUUGAAUUUCGAUGAGGUUAGUGAUCACGUCGCCAGAGCCCGAGAAGCUCAGAAGAAAUGGGCUCGGAGUAGCUUUGAGAAGCGACGGCAGCUGCUGAGAAUUUUGCUCAAGUACACCAUCGAUCAUCAAGAGCUCAUUUGUGAAGUGUCAGCAAGAGAUUCUGGAAAAACUCUAGUUGAUGCUGCGCUGGGGGAGAUUUUGACGACUUGUGAGAAGAUAACCUGGCUCGUUGGCCAAGGCGAGCAAUGGCUUCAGCCGGAAUACAGAUCUGCUGGAAGAAUGAUGCUUCACAAGACUGCAAGAGUAGAGUACUCACCUAUUGGUGUCAUCGGGGCCAUCGUUCCAUGGAACUAUCCAUUUCAUAACAUUUUAAAUCCCAUGGUCUCUGCAGUGUUCGCUGGUAAUGCUAUUGUUAUAAAGGUCUCAGAGCAUGCAAGCUGGUCGGCGUUUUUUUAUUCUCGAAUUAUCAAAGCUGCUCUUCGUGCCGCGGGAGCACCCGCUGAUCUUGUUCAUGUCAUCACAGGAUACGGUGAAACUGGAAAAGCGCUUGUUAGUCUUGUGGACAAAUUGAUAUUCGUUGGCUCAACAGCCGUCGGGAAAAUGGUGAUGGAACAAGCUGCUAAAACAUUAACUCCUGUGGUUUUGGAGCUCGGUGGAAAAGAUCCUUUUAUCGUCUGUGAAGACGCAGAUGUUUUACAGGUUGCUCAGAUAGCUGCAAGAGCGGCUCUGCAGUCAAGCGGCCAAAACUGUGCCGGUGCCGAGAGAUUUUACAUUCAUGCUCAAAUUUACCAGCAGUUUGUGGAUGAAGUAGUAAGAAUCGUGAGAACAGUUCGAAUGGGGCCACCUCUAGAGGGUCUGUUUGACAUGGGAGCAGUGUGCAUACAAGAACACACUGAUCGCUUGCAAGCUUUGGUAAAUGACGCUGUUACUAAAGGUGCCGAGAUUGCAGUUCGUGGAGAUCUGGUUCUCCCAGAUUUUGGGAACUCUGUCGUUGGACAGUUUUAUCCUCCGACUGUUCUCUUGAAUGUCAAUCACUCCAUGCGCUUGAUGCAAGAAGAGAUCUUUGGUCCAAUAAUUCCCAUCAUGAAGUUCCACAGCGACGACGAAGCUAUCACUUUGGCAAAUGACUCCAACUUCGGACUAGGAUGCUCGGUUUUCUCGGCCAACAAGGAGCGAGCUGUUGCUAUUGCUUCGAAAAUCUACUGUGGAAUGGCGGCUAUCAACGAUUUUGCAGUAACUUAUAUGUGCCAGUCUCUUCCUUUUGGAGGUGUGAAGAACAGCGGUUUUGGAAAGUUUGCCGGCGUUGAAGGCCUUCGAGGCUGCUGUCUGGUGAAAUCUAUUGCCGAGGAUCGAUUUUCCUUUUUCAAGACAGUGAUUCCCAAGCCACUUCAGUAUCCCGUAGCGGAGAAUGCUUUUCAGUUUGAGGAGGCUCUGGUAAGAAUGUUUUACGGGCUUACAGUCGUGGAAAAGUUCCAGGGCCUCGUCAACCUGGUGAAAAUCUUUACAGAACAAAAGGACGUAAAAAAGACAUUGUAAAAAACGUAUAGUACAAAUUGUUGACAAUUAUCAUGACUUAGAGGACGUUCACUGACAUGAGUAAUACUAUCUCUCCACAAAGGCUGCGUUAGUAAUGCCUCUUCCAACAA